AUGUCCUCACAUUAUAAAGCAGUAGUUGCAGAUUUUGAUGGAACUAUUGUUGAUGGAUUACACGCGUGGUUUGAUAUGUAUGACGCAUUUGAAAAAUCGAAUGGUGUAGUAUUGACACCUGAACAGAAAGAGAAGGUAUAUGUUGGGAGUGUUCAAAGUGUAGCGCACAACUACUUGUGUACAUUCCCACAAUUGUCUCACACAUUCACUCAAGAAACGUUAACAAAUUAUUUUGUUGAUAACUCACGGGAGGCAACACUCAACGCAAAACCUAUAAGUGGUGCCAUCGAGUUCAUAAAAACACUUCAUUCACACAACAUCCCUUUUGCAAUCGCUUCUUCGUCUACUAAAGGCACUAUCAAUUUGUUUCUUGAAAAACAUGGAAUACUCAAUUGUACCAAUUUUAUUAUUGUUGGCUCUGAAAUGAAAAGGUGUAAGCCAUAUGCUGAUAUUUACAUUGAAGCCUCUAAAAGACUUGGGGUUGAUAUUAAAGACACAGUCGUAUUCGAAGACUCAAAGUUGGCUCUUCAAAAAGCAAAAGAAGCGGGUUUCAUGACUGUUUUAAUUCAAUCGGUAGCAAAAGGCGACUCUCAAUGUUGUGAUAUUGCAGUCGACUCUUUCGAUGACGAAAGAGUAAAAAGCCUCUUUUUUUAA